AUGAGACAGUCACUCAUGCCCCUCAUCUUUGCCGCAGCGCUCCUGUUCCAGUGCUACGCCCUGUCGAUUGCGCUACCCAUGGGCAAGAUGGACGACGGCUCCCUUGAGCAGGAUGCUUUCGCUUCACUGCUGAGCGACGAGGUGACAGACAACAGUCUUGGCGACUCAGAUCUGGCCACUGCGGGUAAAACCAGAGGGCCGAGGGUGAUCAUCGUCGGCAGUCCGAGCCUCUGGAGGGAACUGCAGUCGACGCACGGCGGACUGACCAUCUACAAGCGGAGAGCAGACGACAACAACCAGGACCUGAACAUCCCCAUCCUGAGGAGGAACACCAUGAGGUGCAUGGUGGGACGGGUGUACCGGCCAUGCUGGGAAGAAUAGGACAGUUUACUCUGCUUCUCUAGGUGCCAAAACAGAAGACAACCACCACCUCUUUUCCUGCCUUACACUGAUUGUAACAUAAUCCAAAAAUAUAUGUAUCUAUAUUCAAACUACUGCAGAUCUGAGAAUUAAAAACACU